UCAACGGUACCACGCAUGCACGACUGCUAAGUGAGAGCCCUGAGGUACGAUUCUCUCUCACAGAUGGAGAUUCAUCAAGAAAUUAUACUCUUCCAUAUUCGGCGUUCGAUCUUAGGCUCACGUUCCCGUUUGUAAACACCUCCACGUACUACUUUCCACUGAAAAGAGCUUCUAGCCCGGAGCAAUACAUGCUGGGCCGAACAUUUCUGCAGGAGACAUACAUUACGGUGGACUACGAGCGCCUGAAUUCCAGCCUUAGUCAAGCGUAUCCUGAUGGCGGCUCUGCGUAUAUCGUACCAAUAACUUCAUCAUCUUCCACGCCUCAAACCUCGGAUCCACCUCGAAUUCCACCACCGAACAACUCUAAAAGCCCCUCUUCAGCUGCAUAUGCUGGAAUCGGUGUAGGUGCAGGCAUCGCAGCCCUUUCAGCAUUACUUUUCACCAUCGCCUGGAAAAGGCGCUUGGGGCCUUUUCGACGCAAGGCCUCGAUGGGAGGCCAUACCUACGAUAAAGCAGAAUUACACGGCGAUCACAAACCUUGGGCUGAAGCCAUGGGAAAAGAGAGAACUGAACUUGAUGCAGCUACAAGUACGCACGAGGCAAUGAAUAAGGAAAGGUCAGAACUGGAGACUGUGGAAAAUGCCCACGAAGUAGGCACUACGGAGAUUCAAGGUAUUGACCAUGUACAUGAGUUGCCUGGUCAUGACGAGAGCGUGCAGGCAGCAGAUGAAAGAGCUCGUGCUUCUUGAGCUACACCAUGAGUGCAUGUAUGCUGUAUACAGUCGCAUUAUGAUAUGAUACCGUAGGUAAAUAAGGUCCCGCAUACUACAGAGUGCAAUAGAAGUAGUUAGUCAUAGUGCGGAGCGCACGGUAUACUUGUACGUUAGAUUCCAUAUGCCACCCAUUGAUCUCGCACCCAUGCUUGAUCGACAGGUUGUAAGCUCGGAUAGGCUAGCGCUGGACAAGCUUUUCCAGCCGCAUUGGCAUGCUCAACGCUUUGUGCGCCAU